AUGAGAGACGAAUCUGGCAUGGCAUCAGGCUACAACCAACAACCAACAACAUCCAUCUUCACUUUUGGUUUUAUAUUUUAUCCAAGACGCGAAGAAUCAAAACAAAAACAAAAAGUCUCUCUUUUUCAAUACAAUACAAUAACAACAACAACAAUGGAGGAGUUACCUAUAGAGAUAAACAUGGAGGCAAUGACAUCUAACAGCUUGUUUGAUGUCAACUACUUUCUCGCUGAUAUUGGAGGUCUCCAACAACAACAACAACAACAACUAGACAACACUAGUACAUUUAUGGUCGACCACCACAAUGGAUGUGGUAUUGCACAAGUUGAUUCACAGCUCCAAUUGGAACAAUUCUACCUUCAACAACAGAUGAUGGAUAUGACCAACAACAACAACAAUAACAAUGCUAUUGGAUGCAUUGCUACAUCGGCUACUCCACUUUCAUCACAUUCAUCACCUAUUGACUAUGCUUCUGCAUCUAGUCCUACCAUUUCAUAUCCAAGUUCACCAUCGAUGGUUGUGCCAAAUGGUCAUUCUAGCCCAUACGACUCUUCAAUGAGUUCUUCACCUGAACAUCAUGGUACAAAUAAUAAUAACAAUAAUAUUGACGUAAAUAUGAUGAUGAAUGGAUUCAUCUCAACUAACACCGAUAAUAAUAAUAAUAACAAUACAAUUGUAAUGGAUGAUAAUACAGCAGCAGCUAUACAACUCUUACAACAACAAGAGCAAGAACAACAACAACAACAUACAUCCAUUUCAUUUGCAAUGAAUAAUGAUGGUCUCAAUAAUAAUAAUAAUAAUAAUAAUGUACCAAUCUAUGAAGAAUCAUCAAUUGAUGAUAAAUUAAAGAGUAUCUUUGAUAGAAAGGGGUCUGUUGCUCCAUCCCUCUCCACCACCACCCCAACCACCAACACCAUCACCUCUAUCCCAGCACCAAUCUAUUACCAAGCCUAUGACGACGAUAGUUCAUCGGGAUCUGAAGGAGAUGGUAGAAAAAAGAAUAAUAAGCGUCCAAAUGAUCAAACUCGUUUCCAAAAUCUUGUUCACCCAUUGACAAGAGAUGAAUUAUUCAAGAUUAGUGGAAAGGAAGCUAUUCAAAUUGAAGCACAAUCAACUUCAACACCGGAAGAAGAACGAUUGGUAAAGAAACAAAGAAGAUUGAUCAAGAAUAGAGAGAGUGCUCAAUUGUCGAGAAUGAGAAAAAAGAUUUUUAUCGAAGACUUGGAAAAGAAGAUUAGUGACUUGACAACUGAAAAUGUUAGUCUUCGUGAUGAAGUUUUGUAUCUUCAAGGUAUCAUUAAACAAUUUGCUCACGCCAGUCCAAAUCUAUUGACUGAGGUACAACAACAACAACAAGCUCAGCAACAACAACAACAACAUCAACAACAUCAAUAUCAACUUAGACACAAGAAUGUAAAGGCAGCAGGAGUUUGCCUACUUAUUAUAAUCUUUUCCAUUGGCAUUUUCCUUAAUCCACAGCCUUCGCAACCAUCAUUUUCACUCACUUCUCCAACUUCAUCUAUUCCAAGAACCACCAGAGACAUCUCUGCUUUGGAACAACCACACCUUUUAGACUCUUCUGCCACCUCUUCAUCUGCCAUUGUCCCACAAGACGACACUUCUCUGUAUAUGUUGUCUCCUGGUCCGUUCACACCUUCCUCCUCGUCAUUGCCUUCGUCUCCCCGUCAACAUCAUGCCAUCGGUGCAAAUGAUGAACUAAAGAGUCUAGUAUUGACAAAGAAACGUCCUGCUGAACACUCGUCACCAUCGUCUUCGUCGACAACAGGUGGUGUUGGUAGUGGUAGUGACACAGCAGCAUCAGUUCCACAUCACAAAAAACGUAUUAGAAUCUUGUCCAAUCAAGAUGGUGAUGAUGAUGAUCUUGUCGAAGUCGAUAAUAGUAGCCUUGUCUAUAGUCACGAUCCACUCUACAAUCAUAGAGUUGUAGCUGAAUUGGCCUCUCCAUCAUCAGUCAAUGGAUUCUUUGAGACUCCACAACAACACUCUUCGUACAUUGUUUGUAGUGAUGCUCCACGUAUCAUUUCACAAAACAUUACACAGACCACUGAAUCCAUUUUCAAUUCCAACUCUUCGUCACCAUUGAGUAUUGGAUUGUUGUUGCCAGCCGAGUCACUUGGUCUCAACGUCUCUGAUGACCGUACCAUCCUUGAAAUCAGUUGUCUCGUCUCCAACAUUCGUGUUUGGAAUCCUGCAGCUGCCACUGCCGCCGUCGUCAAUUCCAUUUCUGAACCAGAUUCUGUAGAUAUUCAUCAUCAUCAACAACCACAACAACAACUUAUUAUUCAUUCACCAUAA